AAACUAUGCCAGAAUUCAAACACGGAGGUGGUGGUACAGAAACAUACAAGCCACCCGUUUCGCACGGCCCAAGAAGGAUUUUUUUAGGUUGGACAGCACUCGUAUUCGCUGCUGCUGGAGGUUACUAUUACGUUAAGACUACCAACUCAGAAAAAAAACGUAAAUACUUCGAGGCUGUUGGUAACAAGAGCGAUCCUAAUUUGGGAGAUCGCGCUUGAACUCUGCAACAAAAACAUUCUUCAUCAUCAUGAAUGCGGCUACAAGUGAUGGUGUGAUGCCUUUUCCAGAUGAAAUCAUUCAGAUCAUCUGUGAAUUUGCCGCUGAGCAAGAUCAAAGUACAGCUUACGCUUUAGCUUUGACUUCAAAACAAGUUUGUAAAUGGACUGCAAAAGCACGUUGGAGAACUAUUUCAAUCACUUCUCCCAGACAAUUGAUUUCGCUCUGGAGCAUAAUUUACGCUUUACCCAAAGAGAUUGUAGAAGGAUUUUGGAAGCUGUAUGAUGCUCAAGAAGAAUUACAACGAGGAGGGACAUGGUCGGAAAAGACUGUGACGGAAUUAUAUCCACUUCAAGUGAUUGUGGAAAGGCUGGGAGAAUCAAAGCGACGAAAAGUUGAUGGCAUCUCUUUUCCACCGGGCGGUCACCCUCAUGUGUAUGUCAAAAAUCUCUUUUUUGAUCUCGUAAAUGAUCGGGCAGUGGGAGAUAAGUCUUCAAGAAUGUUCUUUCAAAUUUGUACUUCAUUUUUCGAAAUUCUUUUAGGUGGAAUUUGGCCUGAAGGACUAGCCCUCAAUCCAUUGUAUUUACUGCAACGAUGGAAUGGCGAGAGCUCCUCUGUGCUGGAAACAGUGUCUAUAGGACCUCUUGAGGCGCUUCAUUUGAACCAUCGAUGUGGUCCGGAUUUACCCAUCAAGGAAAUGACGAUCACUGUGAACGAAACCUCGGAACGUCUCGCCCUAAAUCACACACUACCCGUAUCCUUGCAACGCUUACAUCUGAUCGGCGCAAGUGUUGAUUCUCCCUUAUCGGGAAUGACGCCUCCUUGGUCGCUUUUCAAAUCUUUAUGUACGCCUUAUAUGGGAGAUCCAACUUCCAAAACUAGCAAACGCAGAUUGACACAUAUUCGAUAUGACACUCGUCGAUUUUCCUUCAAACCUGCUGAAAUCACUGCUAAACGUAUGGGGCCUCUGUUUCGGGAACUCACGCUUUCUCCGUCGGACACACAUCAAACAACACACACUACUGCGAAAGAGGCAACUGCUUCUUUUCAAUUUGAUGGUCCUCGUCAUGCAGCUCCUUCAAAAGGAUCAGGUAAUGUUGCCAGAUUGCAAAGUACUACCAAUCUAGUUUCGAUUCAUAAACUUGCUCAACAAGGUGAUCCAAUUGCACAAUAUAUGUGUAACAUUGGAAUUGGUCAGCUUGCUUUCUUACAAUUUGCUUGGGAACCUAUGACUGGUUCGAAAGAGAUGCUAGAAAGUGUCCAACCAUGGUACAAACGAAACGCAGACAGCGCUGACACGUCACAGCAAAAUGAAACGGAUUCAAGAGAAGAUGGUAGACAGCAUGGCAUGCGCGACGAGACUGGUGGGUGGCCUCGGGAAAGAAGGGGUGCCUGGACGGAAAGGUCAGAGAAGUCUAUCGAUUCAUUUGGAGCGGAAAUGAGAGAAGCUAUCGAAAGCCAGUGGGGCUGGCAUGGAGAUGGAAUAGAAGCGGCAGGAAGGUAUUGUAGGCAAUCAGAGGAGAAUAUAGAGGAUGGAACUACUCGAGAUCCAUUUGAACGUAAUUCGGCUUUCACACCUGAUGGCGAUACACUUUCAAAAGAGAAGAUCGAAAGCAGACCUGAUCUCUACAAUAGCGAAAUUGCAGAGAUGCAAAAAGUGACCGCACUGAUAAGGCAAAAGUUCCCGAAUUGUAAUCUUUCACAUCCCAACUUUGCAAACGAUAGCGAAAGUCCACUCUGUUUCGGUAUCAGAGCCCCAAGAAGUCUGGUUCAUCUCGGAGGCAAGGCAUCUUUCACGUACCAUGAUCGACUUCGAUUGUUCUACGAUCGUGCAAAUGGGGGCAAGGGUGCAUGGCCUUAAUCCCAGACAAUCUUCAAUGGUUUUGCACUUUAGUCUAUUGAGUUGUAAAUCAUGAAAU